AUGGAUCUGUCUCCAGACUCGUCUCUUCUGGCCGUUGCUCAGCUUCGGGCAGUUCUGGCAGAAGGGAACGAGUCUGACGCAGGCCUCAGGGGCGCGCACAGCAGCUCGAAACAGCAGACGAGCUUCCCGCGGCCGUCUGAGAGGGGACGCGGUCAGCUCUGUCCGGCUUCGCUGGGAGGCGCCCUCUACAGUUCGACGCCGGACGCAGAAGGCAGUGUGAAUUUCGUGAGAGUUGAAGGGCCCCGGGCGACACAGGGCGUCGUGAAGGAGUGGGGCGGAGGCGUGGCGUGUGCCCCAGACGCGGCCGUGUUUCCGCCGCGUGUUGAGGGGUUCGCCGAUGGGCGCCACGUGACUCAGGCGGCGCCCUCCCGAAACGGUGUCGCCGUAGCGGCUGACUGCGUCGCCCCCGUAGCGCGUAGUGAAGCGCACAAGGCGAGAAAAAGUGACCUUGCCUGGACUCCCCCGACAAGCCUUGGCGCUGCCGACGCAGCGUCGAGCGGUGGUCGCUCGCCGGGCAGCGCGACGAGCGCUCAGGCGAGGACUCGGGCGAAGAGGUCGGUGUGGAGGGUGGAGGGCGAGACCGCGAUCCUCAGUGUGGCGGAAGGCUUGAAGGUUGUGAAGACUCUCGCGGUGGCUGACGCGGCGGCGUUCACCUCCGUGGAAUUCAGUAGAAACGGGAAGCAUCUUUUGAUGAGCGGAGGCGCGACGGACAGCUCCUUCUGCGUGGAUUGCCGCGCGUGCAGCUGCUGCUGUCUGUGCUACUUCGCCCUCCGCGACACACCCGCCGUGGAGCGGUUGAAGAGGGAGCAGGGAGUCUCUCGGCGGGCGACGGCGCCGUCCGCGCGUGACGAGGCGGGCGCGUCAGACAGUUCCUCCGAAAGCGAUGGGUGCUGCGAGUCAGCCUGCACUGACCGCGAAAGAGAAGCCGAAGGUGCCUCUGAAGCGUGGAAGCAGAAGAGAGCCGACACCCCUAACAUACGGAGCAAAGUGAAGUACGGACUAAAGUGCGGGGUACAGGGCCCCGACCCAGAGAAUCGCCCUGCACACCGGGCUCAGGUCGUGAAUCUGCUGCAGUCCAAUCGCCUGUCAGUUCUGAAGUCCCCCGCAGAUGGGGCUCUAGCGUUUGCCGAUGCUGCGCUGCUGCAGCACUCGCUUCAUUCGAAGGAAGGGAAUCAGCAGGAGCCCUGCCCCCCGUCGGAAAGUGCCUUUCAUUCGCCCCUCUCUUGGCCGGCGGCUGACUUCGACCGAGUCCAAGCGUUGCAGUUCCUGCCGCCUUUUCUGGAAAGUCGACUCUCGUCGGACUCGCUCCGCCUCCGACUCUUUUCUCCCCACAGCCGCCUCCUCGACUGCCGCCGGCGCGCUUUCUGGAAAGAUCCCGCGUCUGCUUUUCCGCAGCCCUCGAGAGACGAUCGACAGCGGCCUUCUGCGCCGCCUCCAGCCCGCUCGGUCGACACCGCCUUCGCAAUGGCCGAAGCCGCAGGUUGCCCUGCGGCUGCGGUCUCGCCGCCUCAGGGGCUGCCGAGAGAGAACAAGAGCGAGCCCUGCAGGGACUCUGGGGCCUCUCGAGAGGGGCAGCCGGGCGCGUCUUCGGGUCGGCCGGCGAUCACGCCGUUUCCCAAGUGCCACCCGCAAGUGUCUCAGUUUCUCUCGGCCUGUGGGCCUCUCCAUCCGCACUGGGGGAGACCGAGCUGCAUGCAGGAGCGCUUCGUGGCGUCGCUCUGGGGCGGCCUUGUCGCCGGCGUCGGCGGAUCUCGUCACUACCCAGGCCUCAAACUGUGGCAGGCGACUACAGGCGUCGUGCUGAGUUGGACGGAGGGAGAGUUGGCAAGCGCCGAGGCGGUGCGCUGCAUCCGCGGCCACCCCGACUUGAGCACGGGGCUCUUAGCGACCGGCGGCGCGCUGCCGGCUCAUACGCGUGGAAGUAUCUCCAGAGGAAACGGCCGAAGACCGAAUCUGAGCGCCUCUGUGGAGGGUGGACUGAGGCGGACUCGGCGGCGCGAGACGGAACCCGGCGUGACUCUCUGGUCGCUCGUGCAUCGGGACGUCCUGCUUGAGGCCGCUUUGAACAGAGACGAAGACAGCAACUUCCUCCUCGUCGAUCCGACGGACGAUGAGAGCGACUGCUGA